AUGGCCGUCGUCAUGACGCUGGGGAACUCCAAGGUCAUCAAGAUCAUUGCCGGGUUUUUGUGCAGUAUCCUGUUCCUUAAUGCGCUGGUCAGCAAUGUGGUCGACUACACGGCAACACAGCAUAUGAUCCGUGGCGGUGGCGGCCAUUCUCGUCGGGCGGAUGAUUAUCUGUACGAGGCCAUUCAGAAUGAGACGCUUGGAUUCGAGCAUGUUUACGCCAUUGGUCUGAAGGAGCGUACCGACAAGCGCGAUUUCCUCGCUCUGGCGGCCUCGAUCGUCGGCUUUCAGGUUGACUGGUUAGACGGAGUGAGACCAGACGAAGUCCAUCCAAAGUCGCUUCCUCAGGGACUGAACAUGACAAUCAUCAAACCGACGGCUGCAGCCUGUUGGCGAGCUCAUAUGAAUGCUCUUCGCACAGUCGUGGAAAAACGCCAUGCAACCGCCCUCAUUAUGGAAGACGACGCCGACUGGGAUGUCUCGCUCAAACAGCAGCUUCGCGAGUUCGCCCGAGGACUCCGGACGCUUUCGCCAACCACGACCGCCACCAAACAAGCCCCGUAUGGUACGGAUUGGGACCUUCUCUGGGUCGGGGGAUGCUCAACCGCUGCCGGAGCCAAUGAGACCCAGUUCUACGCCAUCCCCAACGAUCCUACAGUCCCAGGCAUGAACCGCCGAAGCUUCUGGGUCGACCGGCGAGGACCGGUGGAUCAGUGGAAGCAGCGCUUCCCCCAGCUUCGCGAGGAAUCUACCCGGUAUGUCUAUCGCGCAGACACCGGUUGUUGUCUUUACGGGUACGCUGUAACCUACAAUGGCGCCCGGAAAAUCCUGGCCUCGUUGUCGGUGGACCACCUGGAGGUUCCCGUGGAUAACGCCCUGGGCGACAUGUGUGGAGGCAGGAAUCGCCCUCAGAUCCAGUGUUAUGCGCCGCAUCCGAAUCUGAUCGCGACGCAUCGGCGCGCGGGCUCUUCGUACAAGGACUCGGACAUUGAGUCCUAUGGGCAGGACAACUGGCAUCCAGAUGAGGCGUGGGAUCUAGUGUACAGUACGAAGCUCAACCUCCAUCGGUUGCUGGCCGGAAGUGAGAAGGUGAUGUCUCAGUGGCCGGACGACCAUAACCCAUGGUCGCCGGCUGAGUUGAAGAUGAAGGAGUUUCAAUAUCCGCAAGGGUUUCAUGUCGCGUAUUCCGAGGAUGUUUAG